CCUUGAAAGCUGAAACCAUCGAGUCCAGCCUAGGAGUAGCUAGCUCAAUUAAAAUCAAGUGCAAUUGAGGAGUUUCUCUUUGAAUUUUAGUAAUGAAGUGUUCUUGAUAAUUUUUUCCUUUGCAAAUUAUAAAAGAAACAAAAGAUUUUAUUAUGGCACACAAACGAACGUAUAAAGCAGGAAAUUCAUCGUUAACAAACAACAGCAAUUCAGAUGAAAAAGAUGUCAACUCUGAGAAUCUUAUUGAUGUUUUCCGAUGCUUCAUCUGUAUGGAAAAGCUUCAAGAAGCACAUCUGUGUCCAUUUUGCAGUAAACUCUGUUGUUAUGGGUGCAUCAGUCGAUGGCUUGUAGAACAGAGAAAGCAGUGUCCGUACUGUCGAGCACCAUUACAUGUCCAUGAGUUGGUAAAUUGUCGUUGGUUUGAAGAAGUCGCUGUUCAAGUUGAGAAUCUCCAAAUAAUGGCCAACAAAUCAUCAGUUUUAACAAACUUAAACGAUAAAGAUUUGUGUCCAACACACAACGAAGAGAAACUUUCAGUUUAUUGUUGGACAUGCAAGAUUUGUAUCUGCCAUAAGUGCGCUCUUUGGGGUGGAACGCACACAAAUCAUACAUUCAAGCAACUUGAAUUAGUUUACGAAACACAUUUAUCACAAGUGAAAGAAGAAGUUAGUCAAUUAAGAUCACGAUUAGUUGAGUUAGUUGGCUUUGUAUCAGACGUUGAACAAAAUGUUGAAAUUGUCCGAGGUGCAAAAGAUGAAAAAGUUCGUGAGAUAAGAAAUGCUGUGGAAUUGAUGGUCAGCAGACUCGACGCUCAACUUAAAGUAAAGUUGAUUAGUCUAAUGAGACAGAAGAAUGCUUUAACACUUGAAACCGAACAACUUGAGCAUCUUUUACAAGAAAUUGAGCAUCAACUUAAUAGUUGUUCAAGAUCUCAGCUUAUCAGCAAAUCACCAGAUCUCCUUAAAAUGAUCAAUCAAGUUCGAUCAAAGCCGAUGUCAAGUUACUCGUGCACACCAGUUCCAGCGGAUUUUGUCAGUGAAAUUGUUCCGAACUACGACACGGGAGUGUUUUUAAUGAAAAGCUUCACAAAGUUACAACUGAAAGGUGAUGCGAUUUAUUCAUCACCACUUCAUGUAAAUGGAUUGUGUUGGAGAUUAAAAGUCUAUCCAAAUGGAAAUGGGAGUGUCAGGAAAGAAUAUUUGAGUGUUUUCCUAGAACUCAGCUCAGGUUUCCCUGAAAUUAGCAAAUACGAGUAUCGCGUCCAAAUGAUUCAUCAAAAUUCCACAAAAAUCAUUCAACGAGAAUUUGUGUCUGAUUUUGAAGUUGGAGAAUGCUGGGGCUACAAUCGCUUCUUUCGAUUGGAUCUUCUUGCUGAUGAAGGUUAUCUGAAUACAACGAAAGACACUCUCGAGUUGAGAUUCCAAGUCAGAGCAUCAACAUUCUUCCAGAAGUGUCGUGAUCAACAAUGGUACAUCAAUCAACUCCUUCGUCAACAAUCACAAAACUUAUCGCAAGUUCGAGAACUUAAAGAUCGAUUAGAACGUGAACAAAUGAAAAGUAUUACAUUAGUAAGCAACGUCGAUGUUGGAAAGCUAAAUAAACUCAAGAUUAUGAAAGAUUCUGAAGAUUUACAUGUCAUUCAACAACAACAAGCAAUCUUUAAUGACGCUGCAAAUUUUAACAAUUUGACAGAAGAUUUACGUAAACUCAGCAGUGAUGCAAGUCGAAAUCGGAAUCGUCAUCAAGAAAGUCAACAGGAAAGCCAAACAAGAAAGUCAGAAUUGAAAAUUUUAUCUGGCUCAAAGUCACCAACAAAUAAAGCCAAGCAAAGUUCGAGUGCUGUCGUUCAUUCAUCAACGACACAAAAUGAAACAAAAACAAUGACAACAACAUCGUUGGCUAUUUCAUUUUCAUCGCCAAAUUUAGCAACAAACACAAGCUUCAGUUCAAGUUCAGACUCGUCAGAUGGUGACGGUGGUGCUUGUGGUGUAACAAGUGUUGUAAAAAUUCAAAACAUGCUUGAUGAACAUGACAAUUGUUCUUAUGAUGAUAACGAAGGAGCUGAUCAUGAAUCAUUGAAUCUUGUUGGUGAAAAUGAUGUUGAAUAUGUGGAAUUGACACAAAGAAUGAUUCCACCAUCACAGAAGAUCAACAAUAAUAAAUCUGAAAAUCCACCAAUUGAAGAUUCUGAUUUGAUGCUUUUAAAUUUAUUUGAUGCAUCAUCAGGCUCACCAUCAAAUGUUGAAAGUUCAUCAUGUAAUUCAUCUUCAUCGUCAUGUGGUUCAUCAAGCACUGCCCUUCGACCAAUUUCAAGUGUCUUAGAACAUAAUGAAUCAUCUGGUGCAUCAAACGACAACGCCUAUGCAAAUAAUUUAGAUUUGCCUUCUUCUGUCUUUAAUCACGAAGUUUCACAUUCAUUACCAUCUGACGUUGGUGGUUGUUCAAGUCCAGUUUGGAAGCAGCCAUACAAGAAGCAUUUGAAUGAUUUUAUGCAAAAUAUAAAGUUGCUAAGUAAUGAGACAAACAAUGAUUUGAAUGCAAGAAUGUCGUCACAAGUUGUGAAAAAGCGACAUCAAAGAUUACCGACAUCAAGCCAUAGAAGAAUGCCAUUUAAUGAUAAUAAGAAUGAGAACAGCAUUGAUGCUGAUGAUGUUGAUUUGGCGUUGUCGAUUGCAUUCCCAAACGAUAUGGAGAACAUAAAGAUGUAUGCUGAUGACAUUUGGCGAAAGACUCUUUCAUCUGAUUGUGAUCCAUCAAUUCAAGUGUGGGAAAAGCAACCGGAAGUGAAUAAAACGCCUGCAAUUGUUUGGCCUUCGACAUCAUCUCAUGGAUUAUUCAAUGCACCGAAGAAUCAUUACCACAGUGAUGACAUUUGGUCAAAUAUGUCUGGUGGAAAUAUUUUCUUUCCAACUGCACCACCUUCAACCUCACAACAAUCAACGUCUUCGAAUGUUAAAAGAUUUGAUACAAAACAAUAUAAGAAAGUUCCAAACAAGUCAUCACAAAUUCCGACUGCUAUUGAGAUUGAUGAUGAUUUAAAUAACAUGAAAAAACGUUUAUCAUUGACGUCAUUACGAACAUCACUUUGUCGACAAAAAGCUCUUGAAAAUUUAAAUAAUGGGAAUACUGUGCAAGCAUGCAGCUCAACGUCAAUCGAUAACGACGACAAUUUUCUUCAGGCCAUUUCUAAUAUUAAUUUUGAUAAUGUCUCGAUGUCAAAUCAAGAGCAAAUGCCAAGCACAAGUGGUACGAAAAGUGCCAAGAAGACGAAAUCCGCUGAACGUCCAAAUUCAAGUUAAACACUGACUAAAUAUAAAUUAUACUAAAACAUAAAAUCUAACAACAGAAAAUUCAUCAUAAAUCAAUAGAAUUAAAUAUAAAAAACGAUUUAAACCAAUUUUAUCAUCGUCGUUAACAUUUAGAACGAAAAAAUUAAAAAACCAAAAUCAUGAAUAAGAAAAUUUUUGUCGCUUUUUUGCUAAAAAGAAUUUUUUCAAAUUUUUCUUUAUUCAAACGAAAUUCUAUCAAAAUUCGUGAUAAAAUAAAAAUGAUUGAUGUGAAUUUGACAGUAAAUAUUAAGAUGUAUGUGAUAUUUUCGAUAUUUCGAUAAUCGACAAACAGGAGAUUUGCGUAAUAAAAAGAUUUGAUGUUUUUAGGAAUGUAGACAGUUUGGAGUUUUUUUUAUGAAAUUCGUAAGCGUUGUGAAGUUGAAGGACAAGUUGGGGGAAGAAAUUUGUCCAGUAGUUUAAAAGUCGAUUGUCUUCAGGUCCCAUUUUAUUCUCUAUAAGAUUUGUCUUUGGAUGCACCGACAAGUUCCUAAUUUGCUUAAUCAAUCCAAUCACAUCACUUUUUAAGGAGAUAUCAUCAGCAUUAAACUUGAUUCUCAUGUGAUAUGGCAGUCUCUUUCGAUUUAU